AUGCAAUUUUUAAAAUUAGGAGUAGAGUUGCAAUCUUGCUUAGGUGUUUACGACCUGGCUCGCGAAUAUCAUCUGGAUGUAUCGAUGUUUGAGCGAUUGGUACGAAACGGUUUUCCUUACACUACGUUGCAAACACAGCAUCGCAUGAAUACGGAGAUCACGAGCAAUAUCAUUCGACCCUAUUUCUACCCAGAUAUCAUUGACGAUACCUCAGUACUUGAAUAUCCGGAUGUGCCUGGCAUGGACAAAAAAUGCUUUUUUUGGACGCAUGAAUCGCGUGAAACAACAACACCAGAUGCAACAUCUCGCUGGAACGAUCAAGAGGUCAAGAUGAUUGUUGAGCUUAUCUCUUACUUGAAGAAGCAGGGAAUUGAACUUGAUAAGAUAACUGUCAUUGCGGCUUACUCAGCACAAAUGAUGACUCUACGAGAGGUGAUUGGAAGUACCUUCGGAAAGUUGAAAGAUGAACGAACUGUAGUUUCAAUCGAAACAGUGGAUAGCUUUCAAGGAAAGGUGAGCUUUGUAUUACUGGUUUAAAA